UGGCAUCUUGGGGAGGCUCAUCCGAUGAUGAUGAGGAAGAAAGUGAAAAGAGUUCCAAUCAUGCAGGGUUGUGUCUUUUGGCUAAUUCCGACGAGGAAUCCGACCAAGAGAGUUUCGAGGAAAGUUGCACAUCAAACAUGGCUACAAUUAAUCAAGAUCAGAUCGGAUCAUGGAACUGAGUUUGACAACUCACUAUUUGAUGCAUUCUGCAAAGAACGAGGCAUAGACCACAACUUCUCUGCCCCCAGAACUCCUCAACAAAAUGGGGUAGUAGAACGGAAGAAUAGAACUCUGGAGGACAUGACUAGAACAAUGUUGAUUUCCUGUGGUCUAGCAAGAAACUUUUGGGCAGAAGCAAUAAACACGACAUGCUAUAUAAUUAACCGUGAUAUGAGCCAUCCACUCCUAGGGAAGACAUCCUACGAACUACUCAAAGGGAGAAAGCCCAACAUUAGUCAUCUAAGAACAUUUGGAUGCAAAUGUUUUGCUGAUAACAAUGGGAAAGACAACAUUGGCAAGUUCGAUGCAAGAAGUGAUGAAGCAGUCUUCCUCGGAUACUAAACUCAUAGCAAAGCUUACAAAGUUCUAAACAAACGCACACAAUGUGUGGAAGAAAGUAUCCAUGUAAUCUUUGAUGAAGAACUUGCCUCAAGACCAAGCCAAACCGAUGAUGAAGAAACAAGAAUGACACGCAAGGAGAUACAACCUCAAAGGGAAAGUGGAACUGACCAUGACACCAGCCAAACUGGAGAACCACCACUGACCAAUGAGAAUAACGAGUCUGGAACUGAAGAAGAAACUGGGCAGACUUCAGCCAGUCAGCCUGUAGAACCAGAAGAACCAGUUUCAGAUACUCUACACGAAUUGGUGGAUCAACCAAAUGCUCCAAGAGGGUGGAAGCAUCAUCGAUCACACCCCCUGGAUAACCUCCUAACAGAUCUAAAUCAGGGAGUAACAACUAGAUCCACACUUAGAAAUUUUUGUGCUUUCUUUGCUUAUUUAUCUCUUAUAAAACCGGAGAACUAUGAAGUGGCUCUCUCCGAUGCUGGCUGGGUUCUAGCUAUGCAGGAAGAACUAAAUCAGUUCGAGAGGAACAAGGUGUGACAUCUAGAACCAAGACCUAAGAACAAAACCGUGAUAGGUCUCAAAUGGGUAUUUAAGAACAAGUUUGAUGAACAUGGACAAAUCACAAGGAACAAUGCAAGGCUUGUUGUAAAAGGCUAUAACCAACAAGAAGGGAUAGAUUUCAAUGAAACAUUUGCACCAGUGACAAGAUUAGAGGCAAUACGAAUGCUCAUAGCAUUUGCGGCUCACAUGGGAUUCACACUCCAUCAAAUGGAUGUGAAAACGGCCUUCUUGAAUGGUUAUCUUAAGGAAGAGGUAUACGUAGAACAACCA